AACAACAACAACUGCAACAGCCGCACAAUCACACAAAGCAACAACAGCAGCAGCAAACGCAACAAAUAUGCAGGCGAUUAAGUGUGUCGUCGUGGGUGACGGUGCUGUGGGUAAGACAUGCCUGCUCAUCAGCUACACGACAAAUGCGUUUCCCGGCGAAUAUAUACCCACCGUAUUUGACAAUUACUCCGCGAAUGUGAUGGUCGAUGCGAAGCCCAUCAAUUUGGGGCUGUGGGAUACGGCCGGUCAGGAGGAUUAUGAUCGUUUGCGUCCAUUAUCGUAUCCACAGACCGAUGUCUUUCUCAUUUGCUUCUCGCUGGUCAAUCCGGCCUCGUUUGAGAACGUGCGAGCCAAAUGGUAUCCGGAGGUGCGCCAUCAUUGCCCCAGCACGCCCAUCAUUUUGGUGGGCACCAAGCUGGAUUUGCGCGACGAUAAGAACACGAUUGAGAAACUGCGCGACAAGAAACUGGCGCCGAUCACAUACCCACAGGGUCUGGCCAUGGCCAAGGAGAUUGGCGCUGUCAAAUAUUUGGAGUGCUCGGCGCUAACGCAAAAGGGUCUAAAGACCGUCUUCGAUGAGGCUAUUAGAUCGGUGCUCUGUCCCGUUCUGCAGCCCAAAUCCAAGCGCAAAUGCGCUCUGCUCUAAUUUUAAGAUGCACAAACACACACACACACAGUACACUCACACACAGACACACACCAACACACACACACACACACACACACACACACACGCAACAAGAACACCCACGAAGCAUUGUAUUUGUAUUUGUCGUCAAGUCUAUUUAAUAACGUAAUAUUAUUAACUAAUAACAAUUAUGUAACAUAAGCAGCAGCAACUAGCGAGUUGACUCGAGAGGAGUCCAGCUUCCGGCAUACUCCGGACCUGGUCAGCCUGCCACACGAUGUAUUUUCUGCUUUGUUGAAACUUGCCCACUUUAAAACAGGGGGAAAAACCGAAUUUUCUACUAACUUUUCUUGUUCUGUUAGACGUCCUUAAUUGUUCAACUAAGUCGUUUCGUUUCGUGUGUUUUUUGUUUGUUUAUGCUUUCGAUUUGAACUAAUUUCAAACAUGUGCAUUAAUUUGAACUAAAAGUUAAUUAAAAUUAAUGUUGUAAAACCAAAAAACAAAACGAAAAAAAAAAAACUAAAUAGAGUGAAAUUUGUAUUGUAAAGAGCUGAGCAUAAAGAAAUGUUUGGCCUCGUAAAGUAGUCGAAAGUUGAAAGAUGAUGCAGUGCAGCAGCCAGUAAACGUUCCACUGCACAAUGCAAGACAACAAAAAACAAA